AUGUCUUAUUGGCCCUGUGCCAUCACAUCCAAUAUACUGAUUCGUAUAUCUCGUGCACGAAUAGAAUGCUGGGGUCACCGCGGGGCAUCCGCGGCAUUCCCGGAGAAUACACUCGCGAGUUUUGAAGCAGCCAUCCGCGACGGCUCGGAGGGCAUCGAGAGUGACGUCCACAUCUCCCUCGACGAUGUCAUUAUCAUGUUUCAUGACCCCGAUUUGGAGCGCACCACCAACUCUACCGGCAAGGUGAAGGAGAGGAAGUGGUUCGGCCCCGACGGCAUGGAACACGUCCGCACCACGAAACAGCCCGCUCAAUCCAUCCCCACCUUCCCUGAAGUCGUCUCCCUCCUGAUGAAACCCGAGAACCAUCACGUCAAAUUCAACGUCGACGUCAAGGUCUUCAACGAUCCCGAACGCCUCUUCCCCCUCAUGCAAACCAUCAUUGCCGCUUACCCCGAAUGGGAGACCAAACUCGCGCCGAGGAUCGUCUUGGGAUUGUGGCACCCGAGAUUUCUGGGCCCAGCGAAGAAGUAUCUGCCGUGGUGUCAUAGGAGCCACAUCGGAUUCAGUGUCGACUUGGCCAGGAAAUGGUUUUGGGAGGAUUGUCAGAGCUUCUCAAUCAACUUUAUGGUGCUUGCCACAUCGGAUGGGGAGAAGUUCCGCGAGGAAUGCAGAGCAGCGGGCAAAUCCGUGCUAACCUGGACAGUCAACGAGCCCGAGCAUAUGAUGGAAGUCGUGCGGUGGGAUAUCGUCGACGCCAUCAUGACUGACGUCCCCAAAGUCUGGCUUGACCUCCGCUCAGCCCUAUCCACCGAUUAUGAGAACGUCUCCGUGCGUUAUAAACGCACCUUCCUUUGGACGAACCCCAUGUUCUACCCGAGGGUUCAAGCCGCCGUGGUCAAGUCCCGCAUGCGCCUCUUUGAGCAGGUUGGAGGCCCGCUGGAUCCCAAUGCGCCCGUCAAUCCAGAGAAAUUGAACAAGGAUUCGACGUCGGGAGGUGGUGGUGUGGCCGGGUGGGUGUUGGGCGUGGCUAUGAGGGUGUUGGGAAGGUCGUGA